AUGUUGUUCCCAUUUACUGGUGCAUCCUCUCAAACCCCGAAGACGUUGCUCGUGUUAUCUCGUUUCUCUUAUGAAGAUUAUGGUUACGAUGCUCCCACACCACCCGUGACUACCUCCCUGGCCUCUCCGGCCCCUUCACAUGCAUGUGGGUUCUGCGAAGAUGAUAUUCCUGUGGCUGCUGCAGCCGGUCCUCCACCUGUCAUUCCAACAACACCACCAGCUCCUCCCAUCAACACCGAUCACGCCGGAGAAACAGGUCCUGCCUCUACCUCUACCUCUACCUCGGAUGCCACUACUCAACUUCCCGAGGGGCUAGAUAUAAACAUUAAGCUUUGGAAUCAGUUGAUCUUCAAAGGGUGCUUAUGGUGCAGAAGUAAGCUGCUACAAAUUACAAUGAUGAUCAACAAGUCACUUUUCUUGACUUACCUUUAUCUCUUAAUCUACAUUUUGCUGUCAUCUGGAGUUAUUCUGUACAACAAGUGGGUUCUCUCUCCAAAGUACUUCAGUUUUCCCUUUCCAAUCACUCUUACUAUGAUCCAUAUGGGCUUUUCUGGUGCCGUAGCAUUCUUUCUUGUUCGUGUUUUUAAGGUUGUUGCUCCAGUUAAAAUGACAUUUGAAAUAUAUGCAACAUGUGUAGUUCCCAUCAGCGCUUUCUUCGCAUCAAGUCUCUGGUUUGGCAACACUGCUUACUUGCAUAUAUCAGUGGCCUUCAUCCAAAUGCUGAAAGCAUUAAUGCCAGUAGCAACACUUAUCAUGGCAGUCCUAUGUGGCACUGACAAGCUGAGGUGGGAUGUGUUGUUGAACAUGCUGUUGGUCAGUGUUGGAGUUGUGAUUUCUUCAUAUGGAGAAAUCCAUUUUAAUGUUAUAGGGACACUUUAUCAAGUAACAGGCAUCUUUGCAGAAGCUUUGAGACUAGUUUUAACUCAAGUCCUUCUACAAAAAAAGGGUUUAUCUCUAAACCCUAUUACAAGCUUGUAUUACAUAGCUCCAUGCAGUUUUGCUUUCUUGUUUGUGCCAUGGUAUUUGUUGGAGAAGAGUAACAUGGAAGUUUCACAAAUUCAAUUCAACUUCUGGAUUUUCUUCUCAAACGCUUUAUGUGCUUUAGCAUUAAACCUGUCCAUUUUCUUAGUAAUUGGAAGAACAGGAGCAGUUACCAUUCGUGUAGCAGGUGUCCUUAAAGAUUGGAUAUUGAUUGCUCUUUCAACUGUAAUAUUUCCAGAGUCUGCCAUUACCGGGCUCAAUAUUAUCGGUUAUGCCAUUGCACUUUGUGGUGUGGUGAUGUACAACUACAUAAAGGUUAGAGAUGUGAAAGCAUCUCAACUUCCCCCUGAAAGUAUCCCAGAACGAUUGACUAAGGAAUGGAAGCUGGAAAAGAAGUCAUCCGACAACAACAUUAGUGAUGAAGAUAAUACAAGGAAUAGCAGCAGAUUUAGUUCAAUGUCGGAUAGUGCAGUAGAUGAAGAGGCACCUUUAAUGGCAUCUUCAAGGCUUUCUUAUAUUGCACGUUCACAGCUUAAUAGCCGAGAUACAUGAUGAUGAUGAUGAUGAUGAUGCAUUUAAUGUAUAAAACUAAUCUGGUGAAUUCAUAGGGACAUACAUGUAUGUGGUUCUUUUCCUUUUGGAAAGUAGUUGUGGUUGGUAGCUCCCUCUUUUGAGGUUAUUUUUCUAGUUUUUACAUGGUUUCAGGGAAGAACAAUCGGUUAUUGUAUUGUAUUGUAUUUU